ACAAAAAAGAGAAGGGAACAAUCCAAGACGGGAGGCGGAAAACAGGUACUUCUAGAAGAACCUAGGGCGCCGCGUGAGACACAUAAAUUGCUUCAGGUUGUUGGAGGGACAGCUCGAAGGAAGAAAUUGCUCUCACCAAAGAGUAUGGAUGUGCGUCCCAUGAUGGAAGUUGUAAAAGCUGCUGCAUUUGGCAUUUUGCAAGCAGCCGGUGGUUGCCCUGCGUCUUUAAGGCCUGGCCGUUGGUUAGACCUCUAUAGUGGGACAGGAUCAGUUGGUAUAGAAGCCGUCAGUCGAGGAUGUUCUGAGGUACAUUUUGUUGAGAUGGACCCUUGGGUUGUCUCAGAUGUUCUGCGGCCAAAUUUAGAAUGGACUGGUUUCCUUGAUGUCUCAGUCAUACAUACUGUCCGUGUUGAGAGCUUCUUGGAGCGGGCAGAAAAUUUUCUUGGUGAAGGUGGGAGCUUUGAUUAUAUUAGUGUUACGCCACCAUAUGCUGCCGUUGAUUACAGUAUAUUAAUGAAUCAAAUUUCAAAAUCUUCAGCAGUGGGAGAGAAUACAUUUAUAUUGGUGGAGUACCCCUUGAGAACUGACAUGCUGGAUUCAUGCGGGUGUCUUGUUAAGAUAUCUGAUCGGCGGUUUGGUCGAACACAUUUGGCAAUAUAUGGACCAAAGUGGGCGCAGAAGAAGAAAUAUGUUGAGAAAACAAAGAGAUGGCAGGAAAAGCUGGAUUUGUUAAGGGAUGUGGAGAUUUCGGCAUCUUAAGUUUAACUACUGAGAAUUGCAUAACACAUCUUAUAGUCAACAGAGGGUGUAAAAUGCUGUCAGACAUUUGAUUGCCCCAUUUCUCUCCAUCUAUUCACAUGGUCAAUUGCUUCUUGGGGCAUUUUGCAUCCCUGGCUGCCCCCAUUGGGAUGACAUACUUACUCACUCAUAAUGAGCAGCCGUAUGUAAGAAUGCAUUACGAGUUUUCUGCAGGGUUUUGCUAGUAAAUGUAAAUAUAUAUUAUUACCUAUUUUACACACAAUGGAUCUUUUAAGUUAUAUCGAUGUGGCAUUCCCUGUUUAUCCUUGCUUUGUUUACGUUAUGAUAAUGGAAAAUGCCAAAGAACUUUAUUCUCAA